AUUUUGGUCGCAGAAAAGGGAAGCUCCAGCAGGUGAGAAGCCAGAGCCAGUGCGCACCCACCUCCGCAACAUGAUCAUUGUUCCUGAGAUGAUUGGUAGCAUCAUAGGAGUAUACAAUGGCAAGACCUUUAACCAGGUUGAAAUCAAACCUGAGAUGAUUGGGCAUUAUUUAGCCGAGUUUUCUAUCUCAUACAAGCCCGUUAAGCACGGGAGACCUGGUAUUGGUGCUACUCACUCAUCCAGGUUUAUUCCUCUCAAGUGA